CAGGUAGCGCUGCCUUGCGCACGCUGACCCGAAAGGGAAAAAAGUUUGAGUGUUGCUCUGAGAUUUAACGCUUGCGCAGAACAGGUCGCCUGGCCAGUUCCUCUGGUUGAUUUACCUGAGAGGUACAUCAGUUUCGAUCGAUAACAGAAACGAAGAACCAGCGAAGGAGUCACGCGCCGUCUUUCACCCGAACCCCGGUAAGCGUGCGAAGUUCAAUUAAAGCGCGAGGAGUAUUUAUUAAAAUACAGAUUGAACGGAAGUGGCUUUUGACACCGCAGGUGUGCUCGUGUUUCCUCGCCCGUAUGCCACGAGUCCUCGAGAUAGGAAACGGAGAUCGUGACAGGUCCCUGUAUCCCGACUUGUCCACACUGCAUUGCACGUCUCAUUCCGGUAGACGCCGCCGUCGCGGAAAGCCUGGGAAACAGCUGGAUGCCUUCCUCCUGAGUGUCGCCGUUAGCAGUCCGGUACCGGUGCCGUUUUCCCUGGUCGAUUAAAGCGUUGUCUCGCGACCCAGUGGGGGAAAAUGAUGGGGUUUCUCCGCAGGACGUUUAGCCGUCGGUCAAAGAGACGUUUUCGGACGUCAGACGAGCUGGACGGGACCGGCAGAGGCGGAAACACAAUUCUUCAGGCGCACCAGCAGCAGGUGAUUCACGCGCCGACUGUAGUGAUCGGAGGAACCGUAGUACACAUUCCCGCUGCGGGCAACAGCAAAGACGCCAUCACAUGCAGAGUCCUGCUGCUGGACGGAUCAGAUGUCAGUGUGGAAUUACCGAAACACUCUAAAGGACAGGAUCUGUUUGAUCAGAUUAUGUAUCAUUUGGAUCUGGUGGAGGCUGAUUACUUUGGCCUGCAGUUCAUGGACCCAGAGCAGGUUGCGCACUGGUUGGAUGCAGCCAAGCCCAUAAAGAAGCAGAUUAGACAUGGACCUCCAUACAGAUUGUUUUUCAGGGUUAAGUUCUAUUCAUCAGAGCCCAAUAACCUUCAUGAGGAAUUCACCAGGUAUCUCUUUGUAUUGCAGCUUAGACAAGACAUACUGUCUGGCAAGUUAAAAUGUCCGUAUGAUGUGGCUGUGGAGCUCGGCGCUUAUUGCCUGCAGAGUGAACUUGGGGAUUGUGACCCUUUAGAACACUCUGUUGUGUUGGUAUCAGAGUUUCGUUUUUCACCCAAACAGACAGAGAUAAUGGAGGCAGAUAUCUACCACAAAUGGGCUCAGUGCCGGGAAAUUAGUCCAUCUCAAGCUGAGAUAAAUUUUCUGAAUAAGUGUAAGUGGCUGGAGAUGUAUGGAGUGGACAUGCACUUUGUGAAGGGACGGGAUGGAGGAGAAUAUGCCCUGGGGCUCACACCAACUGGAAUCCUUGUGUUUGAGGGAUCCAGCAAAAUUGGUCUCUUCUUUUGGCCUAAAAUAACACGUCUUGACUUCAAGAAGAACACACUGACUUUAGUAGUGGUGGAGGAUGACGAAAAGGGCCGAGAGCAGGAGCAUACAUUUGUGUUUCAGCUGUCGAGUUCUCGGGAGUGUAAGCACUUAUGGAAGUGUGCAGUCGAGAGCCACGCCUUCUUCCGGCUCAGACAGCCAGCCCAAAAUAAGAGCAACCGCAGUGAUUUCACACGCCUCGGAUCACGCUUUAGAUUCAGUGGAAGGACUGAAUAUCAGGCCACACAUAGUGGUAAAGUCAGGAGGGCGAGCACUUUUGAGAGAAGACCAAGUAAAAGAUACCCAUCACGAGCCCAUUCAAUGGGCAAGGCCAUCACUCCGGCAAAACAUCCACAUCUAAGUGCUCAAACCAGCCCUGACCCAAGCUUACAACCGUAUAAGCGCAACAUUCCAAUUUCACAGGAACCCUGGCAAAGAUCACAAACAUCUAGUUUGACCCCUCCCUUGUACGUACAGCCAAUGGAAUUGGGACAUGCUCCACCACCACACAGUUUUCCUUUGAGCAGUGCAGACACUCAGAGGUUUAGUGUGGAAGAGAAUGAAGCUCCUCCUUUUGGAAAUAUCCAUAGCUGCUACCAUCACCAUGGGUACAAAAAACAGGAAGCCCUGUGCCUCACAACAGCUAAACCUAAAGCUUGGGUCGUGUCUCCAGGACGCAAAGAUUUGCACAGUCAGAACCUGUUGGAAGCAGAACCAGCACUUUGGCCCGCCCUCCAUAUCAACAUAGACAUGGCAGAGGAAAAACCAUUGUCUGAGAAAAGUCUUCCUUGCUCCCCUGCGGUUCAACAGGAACCCCUCAAGAGCAACAUCUCCAAACGUGCCACCCAAAGUGAUAGUGGAACCUCAAAGGGAAAUUCUUCAAGUGGAGACCAAACUGACAGGUAUCCCAGCUCCUCACAGGAUUCAGGCUCAAGCAGUCUGAAUACAGAGAAGCCAAGGGUGGACCGGCGCAAACGCCUCGUCCGGCAGUUCAGCUUUAACCAUAGUGAUGAAGAUGACCUUCCAGAGGCACUUGCAGCCAUAUCCUCCCAGUGCAGUUUGGGAAAAUCCACGUCAAGCAACUCAUUGGACAAACAAGUCCAGCCACCAAUUUACCCACCGCAGAAGGAUGCACCACGGUUGGAGCAUUGUGACCACUCCCCAUACUUCUGUCCAAGUUCAGUACCGCACCUGCUACCCUAUUCUGCACACACAGAAAGCUCUGAAGACCUGAGGAUGGAUAGAGAAAAACUGCUGAGGGCUCUGUUAAUGACAGAACUCUGAGGCAACAUACACAUAACACGACUGCGUACAGACAACAAACACUACUUGGACAACAGAGCCAUUAAUUCAAUGCACUAUUUUCACUGUUACACUGUAUAUAGACCUGAAACAGACCUUCAUCACAUAAGAGCUAUUUUGCAUCUUUAAAGCAGUUACAGAACAUGGUUUCCAGAAGCAUUUGCUUGUUUGCUUAUUCUGUUAAUAGCAUGGCAUCAGUAUCGCCCCUGUAAACUGUACAAACUGACAUAAUGAGUGGCUAACUUUUAAUAAUUCUUUAUACUUAUUGAUCUCAAUGUUUUAUAAUCUGUUUCCUUGGGGUUGUGGUUGAGAGGCCAGUUUGUUGAAACGGGUCACGUUUGGCAUUAAGCUGUCAGUGUAUUUGCAUACUGUAUAUUUGGCAAUGUUCGGAAUAGCAUACUAUAAAACUGCUCCCACUAUUUCUGCAGAGAGUAGUAUGUAUAUAUUGUGUGCAGUAUGCACAUUUUCUGCAUGCAUGGAAUACACGGGUUACCUACUACAUUUGCAAAAAGGUCCAGCAUACUGUAGAGCAGUUAUUCCCUACCAGGGGUACGUAAGCAGUUUCUAGGGUGUAUGCGAAAAUAAUUGGAUUUUGCUAUGUUGAACCUCACAAAAUCACGUGUAUGGCUGAAAAUAAAAAUUAUAAAAUUAGCGAUGGGUAAAAAUAUUGAUCUUUUAAUUAAUCGCAAUCUUCAUUUGAACUAUCUUGAUAUAAAUUUGAGGUUUAUUUUAGUUAUAAUGUCCAAAAUGCUGAAGUGUCCAGGAUUCAUGCAAAGAUUUGGAGAAGGAUGUAGCUGCUGGUAUUGCUCCCAAAAGGGGUGGGCGCUCCAAACCAACAUUAAAGGUAUAGAGAGACCCUUACCUUAACCGUUUCCCUAACCUUAACUGUGAGUGGAAGUUUUGGAGUAGGCGCAACCCCCUUUCAAGGAUAACCACAACCCCUUCUGGAUUUACCCUGCCCUCUUUUGGAUAUCCUGCCCCCAUAUGGAGGUCUUCACCCUGCAGCUAUACCUACUUGAAAAUUUGGCAACUCUAGCUUUACUUGACCGUCCUUUUUCAGAUUUUAGAAUGAAAUGGAAGAAAUGUAACUUUUUAACCCAUUAUUUGAUUAUUUGAACUGCCAAGAGUUUUUCACAAAACUGGAUUAAAUAUUACAAACCAAUAGUUUUUUAAAUAAAAAUAUGAAAAUAAUAAAAUUUGUUGAACUUGCAAAUGUAAUGAUUUAGCAUACUAUUGUCUGAAACAUUUGUCAUUACAUAUUGUGUACUACACAAACUAUUUGUACUUUUUUACUAUUUUUUCUACACACUAUGUAGUAAGUAGUAUGUUAGUAUCCCAUUCUGAACAUGCUGACCAUGCUCACAUGUCAUGCAAGGUUCCUAAUCUAUAUUUUGUUAAAUAUUUGACCAUCUCUCUAAUAUCAAUUUUUAUAUGAAACUACAGUUUUAUACAACAACCUACAUUAUCUGUAAUACACAGUAAAGGAAAACGUUUCAGUAAGUUGAAGAGACAUUCAGUUUUGAAGCUAAAAUUGCCCAGUAGAGGGCAUUAAAUUAUAGUUCACCCAAAAAUGAAAAUUUGCUGAUAAUUUAUUAACCCUCAGGCCAUCCAAGAUUUAUAUGACCUUCUUUCUUCAUCAGAACAGGAUUUAAAAUUUUUUGGGAAGUAUCACACAGCUUCAUCCAAUGCAAGUGAAUGGACACCAAUUUUUGACGGUCCAUAAAGCACACUUAGUCAGCAUCAAAGUAAUCCACAGGACUCCUGCCGAUCAAGUAAUGUCUUCUGAAGUGAAUCGAUACAUUUGUGUGAAAAACAAAUUGUUUUUUAAAACGUUUUUAACUUUAAAUCUGUGCUUCCGCCAGCUCUCUGUUGCUGUUUGAAUUGACCUAACUCUUGCAUAAAGUACGUUCCUCUGUGGAAAACAGAUCAGAACUUCUGAAUUCUCACACGAACGCCAAAACAUGAUGAUGUCAUACGAUAGUGAUGUGAGGCAAUAAUGUUUACAGGAAGUGAUUUUUUAAAAGUUAAUAAAGUUUUAAUUAGCAAUCAGUUUUUCACACAUGUAUCGAUUCACUUCAGAAGAUUAAAUGUGUGGAUUACUUUGAUGCUGACUAAUGUGCUUUUUGGACCGUCAAAAACUGGUGUCCAUUCACUUGCAUUGGAUGAGGCUAAAAACCUGUUUUGAUGAAGCAAGCAGGUCAUACACAUCUUGGAUGGUCUCAGGGUGAGUAAAUUAUCAGCAAAUGUAAAUUUUUGGGUGAACUAUUACUUUAAAUAUGCAUUAUAGAUUUGCCUUUGAAAAGCAGGUUAGGAGGAGCAACAAAGUGAAAUUUGAGUUUUUGUAUUUUCUUGUAUACAACUUGAUUAUCAUAAGGGAGAGCAAUUCCAAUGUUAAUAUUUUGAUAUAAUCACACCGAUUUAAUCUAUUCCACGUAGCUCAGACACUCCUCCCUUUUUUUAGGUGAAAAUGUACAUAUGUACAGUAGUCAGUGAUUAAGUCACUCAAUCUCUCAGAAAAUUCUUACAUUUGCUUUAUUUUAAGUUAUUAUAAAAUAUCAAAAUAAAAUAAUACUUUCUCCAAACGGCCAAAUUCAUGAUUUCUUUCUCUACUUAUGUUUAUAAACUAGAAAUAGGAUGGAAACAGUUUGGUAACAUGAACGAGUAAUGCUUUUCUUUUGCUACUGCCUGUUGGCAUGUGUGGGCACUACAUACAAAUAAAUCACACUGACAAUUUUGCUGUCAUUCACUUUACACCUACAGCUCAUAACAGCCUAAGCAUGCAAAUUACUCACUAGUAUUGAAAAAAAAAAAAACACAGGGUAAAAUAAACUAGAAACAUUGGCAUAAACAAAUAGGAGGGUACAGAUGGGGUACAGCUGCAGGUAACAAAUAAACCUGUUCACAUUCCACACAAACACUCCUUAACACACAGAUAAUGGGUGAAAAUACACCUGUGUGCAUUACAGCAUGCCCGAAACACUCUCUGAGUGCAGUGAAUAAACACACAUGCAUUGACUUUUGGUUAUGGUGUGCAUGUGAAAGCACACACACACACACACACACACACACACACACACACACACACAAGCUCACGUCAUACAUUGUACAUUGGGUAAGGAAAAUGCAUAUUUUUGAUUCAUGACACACAAACACAGUUAGAAAGCACAAAAGUAAUGAAUUGUUCCUGAUUUUGCUUCUGAGCAAUGUUGCUGAAAUGGUAAGUCUUUCAAAACCUGUUAAGAAA